UUCUUUUUUGUAAGAAUUUCUUUUUUGUAAGAAUUUCUUUUUUGUAUCAGAAAAUAAAAUAAUAUAAAAUUAAUUUUAUAUUAAUUUAAAAUAUGUUUCUUAAUAUUAGAGGUUUUUUGUCUUUCAAUCUUCUUUUAAUCUUCAAUCUUGUUUUCAUUACUAGUUGUCUCGGAUUUUUUCCGGAUACUCAAAUCGUCGGAGGGACUGAGGCUGACAUAAGUCAGUAUCCUCACCAACUCAGUUUACAAACUUCGGGACACAUUUGUGGCGCUUCAGUUAUCAAUUCUCAAUGGGCCAUCACUGCGGCUCAUUGCGUAACAUCAUCUGCCAGUCGAUACAGUCUACGAGCAGGUAAUAGCAAUAAAGAUCAAGGCACUCGUUAUGGCGUGAAAAGAGUCAUUGUACAUCCUAACUACAAUUCUAAAACUAUUGAUUACGAUAUAGCUCUUUUACAGGUUGAUGGCACCAUACAAUUAAACUCGAAUGUCCAACCUGUAAAACUCGCAACCUCGGAACCAAAAGCUGGAACGAUAGUGACCGUAACUGGGUGGGGCGCACUUAAGGAAGGAGGAUCGACUUCGUCACAUUUGAUGAAAGUAUCGCUUCCCAUAGUGGCCAGAUCUGAAUGCCAAAAUGCCUACAAGAAUUACAACACAAUCACAAAUAGAAUGAUAUGUGCCGGUUACACCCAAGGUGGAAAGGAUUCUUGUCAAGGUGAUUCUGGUGGUCCUAUGGUGGCUGGAGGAACCCUCUAUGGCAUAGUGUCAUGGGGUUACAAAUGUGCUCAGCCAAAGUAUCCUGGCGUUUAUACGAAUGUGGCAAAUCUACGGUCUUGGAUUAAGAGUAAUAGCGGAGUAUAAAAAAUAUAAUCAUAUAUAAUUAAAUUAUAUACAGAUAUAUAAAUAUAAAAUAAUUAUUAAAAAUAUUAUAAAAAAAUUAUAAAAAAA